GACGGAAACCCCAAUUUUAGCUUACGCUAUCAAGCCACGGAGACCUGCAAGUAACACGAACACGAGCCGUUUGUCAACAUUCUCGCACACUUAUUUGACAGUGGAUUGUGCCGCCUCGGAAAAAAGAUGACAAGCCAAUGACAAUAAAGGCUUGCUUCUGCACCCGAGAUGUCACACAGCAGGUGUGAUUUAUCGAGAAUACGGGAAUGGAGUGUGAGCAUUACGUCUCCCCCUUCCCACGCAUGCUUGCGUGGCAAUACACCUUCUUCCCCGCCCGAGUCGGCCGAUGUUAAGUGCAAUCCUCUUCCCGAUAUAAUCUCUCACGUCUCAUUGACUGCGGAUAACUGCAUUCGAUGCUCAAACAAAAUCACUGUUUGUGCCCUUGGUCCAGCAUCCAUUGGCACGAUGUCUAGCGGCACCUUUUCACCUCCUGUGUCACCCCCCUCUACCGCAUCAAGCACGUCGACGCUGCGGGAUCUGGAGCUCGAGUUCCAGGCACUUCGAGACGAAAGCUUAAGCUACGAGGACGACGUUGAAUUCCGCAUCUUUAUCAACGUACUAGACCUCGUGGAUGCGGUGGUCGUUGAACGGUCUCCGCUGCGCGGCAUGAGGAGGCGAUCGUUUGGUCGACUGCUUGGGGGCUUCCGGAAACGAUCAGAAAAGACUUUUGAACCGAUCAUCAUCUCAAGCAGCGUGGCUUGCGUCGAGCCCAGUACCUAUCGGCAAGUUUGGGCGGUGGACAUGAGUGGGGUUGUUCGAGAAGCAAACGGCGAGAAUCUUUCUCUCUCAUAAAGUUUGUUCAGAAUUGCUUGCAGGGAUAUGGUCUCCUUCGUGGUAUCCUGGUCUUGCGCUGUUUCGAUGUUCAUCCCCAGCAACGAUUACAUUAGCAGGGAGACAAGAAACAGACUCUUC